AUGUCAUCAUCAAGUAAUGGAACAAUAAGUGUUGAUUCAUUAGCCGAAGUAUUUCGGUGUUUCAUUUGUAUGGAAAAAUUAUGCGAUGCUCGUCUUUGUCCACAUUGUUCAAAACUUUGUUGUUAUCCAUGUAUUCGAAGAUGGCUUACUGAUCAACAUCAACAAUGUCCACAUUGUCGAGCUACACUUCGUUUACACGAUCUUGUUAAUUGUCGAUGGGCUGAAGAAGUAACUACACAAAUUGAUAAUUUAAAAAUUAAUGAAAUAAGUAAACAAAAUCAUGAAGAAAAAGAUAAAUGUGAAUUACAUAAAGAAACAUUGACUGUCUAUUGUUCAUCAUGUUCAAAAUGUAUUUGUCAUCAAUGUGCUUUAUUUAAUGGAUCACAUACAAGUCAUCAUUUUCUCCCACUGAAUGAUGUUUAUAAAACAAAUAUAUCUAUUGUUAAUGAACGUCUUGGACAAUUAAAACGACAUCAUGUUGAACUUAUUUGUUUAAUACAAGAUAUUGAAAGAAAUGUUGAAAAUGUUAAAGCAGCAAAAGAUGAAAGAUUUCGAGAAAUACGAAAUGUUAUGUAUGCAAUGCAAGCUAAACUUGAUGAACAAUGUAAAAUAAAAUUAAAUAUUCUUAAUGCUCAACGUAUUAAAUUGUCAUGUGAAAGUGAAUUAAUUGAAAAAUCUCUUCAUGAUAUUGAACAUCGUAUAUCAAACAAUGGUAAAGCUGAAGUCAUUGAUAAGCAACAAGAUUUACUUAAUACCAUCAAGAUGAUUUGUACAAAAUCAGAGACAAGUUUCGUUCCAACAUCUAUUUCAUAUGAUUUUCCCAGUGAAGUCAUUCCUCAAUAUAAAUCAAGUACAUUUAUUAUAAGAAAUUUUUCCAUUCUUCAACAAAAUCUUGAUCCAGUUUAUAGUCAAUCAUUAUAUGUAAAUGGUUUAACAUGGCGUUUAAAAGUCUAUCCAAAUGGUAAUGGUACUGUACAAAAUACUUAUUUAUCUGUAUUUCUUGAAUUAACUAAUGGUUUAAAUGAAUCAUCUAAAUAUGAAUAUCGUAUUGAAAUGAUUUAUCAAUUAAAUAAAGAUUCAUCAAAAAAUAUUAUUCGAGAAUUUACAUCAGAUUUUGAAGUUGGAGAAGCUUGGGGCUAUAAUCGAUAUUUUUUACUUAAUGCAUUGAUACCCGAAGGCUUUCAUGAUAUAGUUAAUGAUACAUUAAUGUUACGUUUUUAUGUACGACCACUAACAUAUCAACAAGAAUCUCAUGAUCAACAAUGGUAUAUUAAAUAUUUAGAAAAUAAUAAUCAACAAUUAAAUAAUGAAAUAAAAACUUUACGUGAAAAAAUUCUUUCUCUUACACCAAACAACAAUAAUAAUAAAGAAAUAUGUUCCACAGAAACAAAUCAUGAGAAUCAUGAACAAGAAAAUCCAACAGAAACAGCUAUUGAUAUAAAUGAAAUCGACGAUAAUGAUGAUGAUGAUGAUGAUGAUGAUGAUGAAUAUACGUCUAUUGAAUCAGAUCAAAUGAAUUCCGAUGAAGAUGAAAAUGUCUUAACUGAAAACGAUGUUGAGGAAGUUUCAAGUUCAUCAUUCAAUGAUCAAUCAACACAUUCUGAACAAAAUAUUCAUGAAGCAUAUUCUUAUCGAUCAAAUGAAGUUCCAACUGCUCGAUCAAUAGUUUUUGAAGCUGCUAAAUCAAAUUCAAUAACAACAGAUCCUUUAACAUUAAGUUUACCGACAGAUAAUAUGAGUAAUGAGGUUAAUAGCAUAUUAAAUACAAGAAUAUAUGAAUCAAUAUCAUUCAAUGAAACAUUACCAUUUAUAACUGAUGGUGAUUUAAUAUUUGCUGAUAUUUUAGAACAUAGUACAGAUGAUGAACAAAAUAUAAGUCUACAUUCGAAUGAUAAUCAAUUAAACUCUUCUCUUUUUCGUGAAACUAGACAUCAUAAUACAGAUCAAUCAGCAAUUAUUUCGAGCACAUUUCUAUCAUAUCAUCGUCCACGAUAUCAAACUUCGUCACAUAAUUUAAUUUUACGUAAUUCUGAAAAUCAUCGCUCAAGAAUAUCAACUGGUCAUUAUACUCAGGAAUAA